AUGAAUAGCAAAGCAUAUGAUGAUUUAUUUGCAAAUUUUUUAAACAUUUCUAGUAAUGGUAGUGGUAGUAUAGAUAGUUCAAGUGAAGAAUGCUUUUCUGAAAUAAGUGUGUCAAAUGUAGCUGCAGAGUAUUUAUUCGAUAAUGAAAAUAUGGAAUCAGGUAAAAGAGGUGAUAAAAGACAAUAUAUUAGAGAAUAUGAUAAAGAGAAAGAAAAAUAUAUAUCAAAUUCAGAUGUAGAAUAUAAAAUUACUUCAAAGUAUGUAAAAUCAAUACUAAAAAAUAAAGAAAAACAAAAAUUUUAUGACUUUAGAAAAUAUUUAUCAGAUACUGAUGUUUUUUUUACAUUUGUACAAAUAUUUUUACAUUUAAUAAAAAAUAAAGAAAAAAUAGAAAAUCCGUAUGAUUACAUUAUAAAUUACUUUGAGUUAAAAAAAGAAGACUAUGAUAAUGAAAAAAAAGUUUUAAUAAAAGAAAAUAAAUUUUAUAAAAAAGAAAAUGAAGAGUUAAAUAAUAAAAUAAAUUUAUUAGAAGUUGAAAUAAAUGAUAUACGAAAAAAAAAUUGCUGUAGCAUUAUUACUAAAUUUUUUUUUAAAGAUGAUGAUGAGCAAUUUAAUGCUUUUGAUAUUUUUAAUAAAAUUAUUAAAAAUAACAAAAAAUCGAAAAUUGAAACAUCUUUUAUAUUUACAAAAGAUAUAUUUUUUCUUUUUUUAAAUUUUUUAAAUGAUCCCACCAGAACUAUGUUAUAUGAUAUAUUAAUGAAAAAGACAAGUGAAGAAAAUUAUUCCUUUUUUUGUGAUAAAUUAUUAAAAAAGUUAACAAAGUUUAUAAAUUAUUACUUAUCUUUUGAUAAGUUUGCCAUGAAUGAACAUCUAGAACCAUAA